AUGACUGUUACGAUAAUUAUAGAAUUACGCAACAAUAAGGGGGGCGCGGAAUAUGUCAUCAUCAUCAUCAUCCCCUGCUGGAAGGGAAAUCAGGGUCAACAAACAUUAUACAUAUUUCUCAUCAUUUUUCCAAUGAAUUGGUCCGAGCUAUCAAAAGCCUACAUACACUAUACAGUCUGGCUGCAUGUGUGCAAACUUGUGCCUGAACUUGUCCAGCUUUGCCAACCCGAGCCUCUCAUUCGUCAUGGACACCAGUUCGUCGUCGUGCUAAAAGCCCGCGCCUCGUUGAAUGUCUCGCUGAAGUCGCUGCGAAUGUGCCCUCAGUUGGUGCUAGUCUGCACUCAGGAAUGCGGACAAAACGCCGAAUCGAUUCGAUGGCACGGUGAGGUUCCAAUUUGCACAAUGGUGGCUCAGUACAGCCCGUUUUCCUUUCCUUCUGUUAUCGAUUAUCUCGCCGAUGUUUCUCUUUGCAGCGGUUGUCGCGCAGGAAGCAUCACAAUGGGAUUGGCAUGGUCACAUCAGGUUGCCAUGCUACGAGUCACUUAUCCAGGAAACGACCAGCCACCUGCAGACCGUUACUGUGUAUCACGAAAAGAAAAACAGGCUUGGCUGAUGUCGUUCUAUGAUCUGCCCGGCUGUCAUGCCGUUAACAACCGCGGCUCCCAUCCGGACGCGAAAAGCCACUCGCCAACAUCGGAUUCGGACCUCCCCCUCUCUAUGCAGACUCUAAGAGACUUGCAAUUCGAAUCCCGACUCCCAAGCUCCCGAGCCUCCCUCCCUUCCUCUCCCUUAUCACACUACAGGCCUACGUUCGGCUUUGCCGUGCAGUGGGCAGCCGGGUGCCAGGUGGGGUUCUCCCCCAGCAGUGCAACCCCUCCCCCGAAUGAGCUGACAGCCUGGCAUUCCAUUCCCCAUCUGCCGCUCUCGCUGUUCAAUUUAAUUGAAAUAAUCCUCCACAUCCCCCUCUCCGACUACCCCCAGUCCACGUCGUCCUCGGUCCUACGACGCAACGUGUGCGCCCAGGUGUCAAGUACCCGUCACCCUCUGCUUUGUCCGACCGCCUCCUCCUUUCAUCUUCCACAAGAUCUUCCGCUGCGUUUCUGCUGUGCCUCCCCAACCGAGUCAACCGGCUGCAGCCCUUGGGACUUUGGACUCUGCGAGUCUCGGAAAGGCCAUGUCAGGAUUGUCGCCAAGACACAAAGCGCAAAGAGGCACCCACCAGGCCUGAUGUUGCCCGCCAACGGCGCCAAGGGGGUUUUCGUCCGUCACGUCUUCGAUUUGCAGUUGCCAGUUGCCACUGCGUCCAGACAAGCUGGCUUUGCGUUCAUCUGCAUACGGGCAAUGGCGUGUGCCUACUACAGGAUAAGCAGAUACCAUCGCGCUGCAGCUCUCGGUGAACUUGCGGCCAUUCGAUGUGCUUGUCGCACCACGCGGGCAGCCAUCCCCGGAUCAACGACUGGUGGUGAAAAGUCCCCAACCACUCUGUCGAUCACAUGCCACCCGACUCCUCACAUCUCAGCCAACCAGUGGCAGCAGAUGAGCUUAUCCAGAAGCAAAAUCUCACCGACUGAGCAGUUUGCCGAUCUCUGGAGCCGCAAUCAUAAAUCCCCGUCCUGCUCGUCCACGCGUUCAUUGGGGCGGAGACCCGUGAGACUUUCGCCAUCGUGCCGAUCCGGCAACGUCGGACCCCGGACGCCGGGGCAACGAUUCUCUCCGGAGCAACGACGAUCCAAAGUUGAAGUCUCCGUUACGGCAGCCCACGUUGCAGCCGCAGGCGGGUUGUGGGGAGACUUGCGGAUAACAUUCAUUCAGUGCCCCGCAAUGAAGAUGCUCAGGUUGAAUAAUUGA